UCUCUCAUUGUCAACAAUAUUUUUGUGCUGGAGCUUAGGGAUAAAAAGAGCCCUUUAUAUUUUUGUUAAACAAGUGUAAAACGAUCGGAGCAUUGGGCCCAUUCUCACUGACAGAAUGAACGUGACACUUGCUGUCAAGCAGUAUAUUUCCAAAAUGAUAGAGAGCAGCGGACCGGGAAUGAAGGUGUUACUUAUGGAUAAAGAGACGACCAGUAUAGUAAGUGUGGUCUACACUCAGUCUGAGAUACUGCAGAAGGAAGUCUACCUUUUUGAGCGCAUUGACUCACAAAAUCGAGACAACAUGAAGCACCUUAAGGCUAUCUGCUUUCUCCGGCCAACUAAGGAUAACAUUGAGCACCUGAUUCAAGAGCUUCGCCGACCAAAGUAUAGUGUCUAUUUCAUCUAUUUCAGCAAUGUGAUCAGUAAGAGUGAAGUUAAGGCUUUGGCUGAGGCAGAUGAGCAAGAAGUAGUUGCAGAAGUGCAGGAGUUCUAUGGAGAUUUCAUUGCAGUGAACCCACACCUAUUCUCCCUCAAACUUCAAGGGGUAUCCAGGGGUAACAGUUGGGAGCCCAGUGUACUGCCCCGUGUCACUCAAGGUCUGACUUCAGUGUUGCUGGCUUUGAAGAAAUGCCCCAUGAUCCGCUACCAACUCUCUUCUGACAUGUCCAAAAGGCUGGCAGAAAGUGUCAAAAAAAUCAUUACUAAGGAGUAUGAGCUGUUUGACUUCAGAAAAACAGAAGUACCGCCCCUUCUCCUGAUUUUAGACAGAAGUGAUGAUGCCAUAACUCCUCUUCUCAACCAGUGGACAUAUCAGGCUAUGGUUCAUGAACUAUUGGGCCUCAAUAACAACCGCAUAGACCUGUCAAGAGUGCCUGGAAUCAGUAAAGACCUACAGGAGGUGGUAUUGUCUGCAGAAAAUGAUGAGUUUUAUGCAAAUAACUUGUACCUAAAUUUUGGAGAGAUUGGAACAAACAUCAAAAACUUGAUGGAGGAUUUUCAGAAAAAAAAGCCCAAGGGCCAACAGAAAUUAGAGUCCAUAUCUGACAUGAAGGCAUUUGUGGAUAACUACCCUCAGUUUAAGAAAAUGUCAGGCACUGUGUCGAAGCACGUGACCGUGGUUGGUGAGCUGUCUCGCCUGGUUAGUGAGAGACAACUCAUGGAGGUCUCGGAGGUGGAGCAGGAACUUGCCUGCCAGAAUGACCAUUCCAGUGCACAACAGAAUGUGAGACGGCUACUGCAGAACCCUCGGUUGAAUGAACUUGAUGCUGUGCGGCUUGUGAUGCUGUAUGCACUUCGCUAUGAGAAACACAGCAGCAGUGUCCUGCCCAGUCUUAUGGAGGAGCUCAACCGCAGAGGAGUGUCCGAGAGACACCGCAAGAUGGUAAAGGCCAUGGUGGAGUACGGGGGCAAACGAAUCAGAGGAAGUGACCUCAUCAGCCCUACAGAUGCUGUGGCCAUCACCAAACAGUUUUUCAAAGGACUUAAGGGAGUUGAGAAUGUGUACGCACAGCAUCAGCCGCUGCUACAUGACACACUGGAUCAGCUGAUCAAGGGUCGUUUGAAGGACAGCCAGUUCCCCUACCUGGGGCCAAAUUCUCUGAGAGACAGACCUCAAGACAUUAUCGUCUUUAUAAUUGGAGGGGCCACUUAUGAGGAGGCAUUGGCUGUUUAUAACCUGAACCGCACAAUUCCAGGGGUGCGCAUCGUACUCGGGGGCACAUCCAUUCACAACACUAAGAGCUUCCUAGAGGAAGUGAUGCUCUCAGUAGGUUCUGGAGGUGACAGGACACAAGGAGCGAGCCGACAACUAAGUAGACGAUGAACUUAUAUAAUCACUCACAUUAAUGUGUGGUUACACUUACAAUGCUGUCUGUCCUCUAAACUCUGUGCUGAGCACAUUGUUCCUUCUGUUGCCGACACAUGACAUUCCUUUAAAAUGGAUCAGAUAAUUUUAGUUAUGAUAUUAUGUAAGCAGGGUGUUGCUUAUGAUGUUUGAAACAUUCUAAAUGUGCAUUACUUUUAUGAUCAUGUGUAAAUAAUGUUGAGAUUCCCCAAAAGUGAGUAUGACAGCAUUUUGAUUUAUUGGCUCAGUGUUGCCACAAUUGAUCAUUGUUGGACCGAUGAUCACAUGUAAACAUGGUGUUAUAUAUAUAUAUAAAAAGAAGGCUGCUCUUGCUCUGUAUAUAUAACUUGGGCAACAAUGCUACUGUGAAAUAUUGCAUCAAAGGUGUCCAUAAUGUCUGAAAAAUGAUCAUUAUCAGUUUGUUUCAAAACUGAGCAAAAUCAACACAAUUGUUGAUGUUGUUAUUCACAUCUUUGUCCUGCUACAUGAAAUGACAUGCUACAGAUAUGUAGACGUGGAUAAAUGUGUUUUUAAAACAGAUAAAAGAAUAUGGUUUAUUUAUUUGCUGCGCAUUGUCUGUUCAUGAAAAAGUUAGAGCUCAUUGAGUCAAACAUUGUGACACUGAGUAAGUACUGUAGUAUUUGUGUCUAUCAGAGACCAUUAAACGGCUUAUAUAGCAUUCAAUCUAAUUUUGAUGGGGUGACUGUUCUUGGUAGGCAUGUCAAGACACAACAAAACACAAAUACUCAUCUAAUUUGUCUUGACAUUAUGAGUAAAUUACAAUAUUUUAUGGUGCUCUUCGAUAAAUGAAAAGAAAACGAGCCGUUCAUCCAAUGAUUGUUUCAUCAACACCUUUCAAUUUUUUAUGCAAUCUCUAAAGGAUCAGAUUUUACAAACUCUAAAAAACUGACAGAUGACUUGAUGAUGAAAUUGUAUCAAGUAGACUGAGUUAAGCCCUGACCUUUUAGGUCAAUACCAUAACCUCCAGAGCUUAACCCCCCCAAACUCUUUCAGGCUGUUCUAGUAUAACUCCACCUCCUCCCCCCUAAUAACAUCCUUUAAUCCCCACCAUCAACCAGAGAACCAUCAGACUUGAACUUAUUGCAUCCAGCAAACACACAAUUCACUCUAUAUGAGAUAAAAAGAGGUUUAGUGGUUGCUUCCUAUGACUCAUUGGGCCUGGAUGAUUUCCGGCCAGAUAAUGUUGCACUUGAUGUGAUGUACGAAAGUAAAUGCAGGGGAACAAAAAUCAAGUCCAAGAAAUUUGGUAUUUCCAGGUUUGGGCAAAAGAAAGCUCAUAAGCUUUCCUGGUUCUUCAACCCAAGGGGUUGCUUCUUGCUUCAUUUUAGAGUAAGGUGGUCAGUUUAUGUUAACAGAAAAUACGCUUAGAGCAACAUGUAAUGUAGCAUGUCUUUCUUAAUGUGAGUGUGUCUUAGAUUUGAUCUUGUAACAAGGGAGAUCCUUGGAAACUACCCUGUGUGCUUGAGUUACAGAAGUAGUAGAUUCAAUAAUUUUUUAUUUGUAACUUUUACAUGUAUUCUUGUACCCAAUUCCA